AUGACGCCGAGCCUCCAGGAGAAUAUCGAGAAGCACGCCGAAAAGCCCCGUGUGCCAAGCAAACCCCAGAAGCGAAAGCGCAAGACUCUGACGAAAAGGAAUCCUCAAGAGCCUCAGCGAAGAGCUUUACGCCAUGCCAGAAGCAUAUCCAUGCCAACUCCCUUGAAUGCUGUCUUCGGGGACCGCCCUGGUGCCGUGAUGCCCGACUCUCCGGUGUCCUCCAGUGCAUUUGCAUGGAAGCCACCGACGAGGGAUGGCGCGACACCAAAAGCAGCCGGGAGAGUGGCACUCGAUGAUUGGGUUACGUGGCGUGAACAUGCCAUCAGGCUCUACUUGAAGAACAGGGGAGCACUAGCUACACGACCUGCGAGCCCGACAUCGACGGUCCGGUCCAUGAGAUCCGAUGUGCACAACUUUUCCAGGCCUCGAACCUCGGCAGCUGCUAGAAUGCAGUCAAAAGUUGCUAGGCGUCUCCGUGCACUCAAGCAGCAGGAGACCGAAAAUGCCAGGCGGUCCCAGGUGGAGGGACCUCUCCCGGCGUCUCCCAGCUCUCCGAUUUCUCCUGCCACACCAAGAACAGUCCGAGCCGCAGCGGUGAGAACUCUUCAAGACAGGCUCGGUAAGAGGAAUCUCAAGAAGCAAGCGGAGGAAAGCCCCCGCCCCGCAACUCCGGAGACACCACGAACAGCCAGAGCCACGGCGGUCAAAAAUCUACAAGAGCGGCUGGGAAAGCGAAUGAUGCGGCGAAAUGGAGAAGAACUUGCCCAAGCAGUAUAG